CGAAAGAUCGCCAUUACAUUUGAGACUUGCAACUACACCUCGUUCACGUAUUCAAUACCUUUCAACUUACGGGCAGGGUAGAAAGCUCGUUAAUUUACAUUUUCACAAAGUCCAAACGAUGCCUCGAAGAGCCGCCUCCCGCCGCGAACCUUCACCACCUGCCGAAAAGUAUCGAACCGUUUCGCCGAAUGAUCUGGAUGCUUACCCUCUACUUGUGGCGUUCGACCUUGAUUAUACCCUUUGGGAUCUGUGGAUAGAUCGUAAUGGAGACGUUGUUAACCAGCUUGUCGAUCGGCGUGGACAAAAUCUUUCUUUCUACCAUGAAGUACCCUCUAUCCUCGCCGAACUUAAACACCGAAGAAUACACGUAGCUGCUGCAUCGAGGACGAGUGCCCCUGAACUGGCAAAGGAAGCGCUCAGGAUGUUGCUUUUGCCCGCUGACGAGGGCGGUGACCAUGUGAAAGCGAUCUCAUAUUUUAAUACGAUGGAGAUUUAUCCUGGCUCGAAACUUAGACAUUUCCGAGAGAUCCAUCGCAAAACGGGCAUUCCGUACGAACAAAUGCUUUUUUUUGACGAUGAACACCGCAAUUUUGAGGUCGAAUCUCUUGGUGUAACGAUGCAGCUGGUGCCCAGCAGUGGAACUGAUCGCAAAUUAUGGAAACGGGGAUUAACGCUCUGGAGAAAGAGGAGGGGUAUCAAAGUGAAUGAGUCUUUAUCCGAGUAAGAGAUAACCGGAGCUUUAGCACCAUUCAGUUAAAUAUGGGGAUUUCGUAGAGGCUAUAGAGGUUUCGUAUUGCU